AUGGCUUCGAACGGAGCCUCUACGCCCCAGUCGCAGGCGCAGGUGCAGCCAUGCCGCUACAAGACGGGAAAAACUUUGGGCGCUGGCAGCUACUCGGUGGUCAAGGAGUGCGUGCACAUCGACACAGGGAGAUACUACGCUGCCAAGGUCAUCAACAAGAGGCUCAUGGCUGGGCGAGAACACAUGGUCCGGAACGAGAUCGCAGUACUGAAAAGGGUGUCUAUGGGCCACAGGAACAUCCUGACCCUGGUGGACUACUUUGAGACCAUGAACAACUUAUACCUCGUGACCGAUCUGGCACUGGGAGGCGAGCUCUUCGACCGCAUCUGCCGAAAAGGCAACUACUACGAGUCGGAUGCAGCAGACUUGAUUCGAGCCACACUGUCUGCUGUGGCAUACCUCCACGACCACGGCAUUGUGCACCGCGACUUGAAGCCCGAGAACCUGUUGUUCCGGACGCCAGAGGACAAUGCCGAUCUGCUGAUUGCCGACUUUGGCCUGUCCCGCAUCAUGGACGAAGAGCAGUUCCACGUCUUGACUACGACUUGUGGAACCCCCGGAUACAUGGCGCCUGAGAUUUUCCGGAAGACUGGCCACGGCAAGCCUGUCGAUAUCUGGGCCAUCGGCGUCAUCACCUACUUCCUCCUCUGCGGUUACACUCCUUUCGAUCGUGACUCGAACCUUGAAGAGAUGCAAGCCAUCCUUGUUGCCGACUACUCCUUCACGCCACUCGAGUACUGGCGUGGCGUCUCGCUGACUGCUCGCGAGUUCAUUCGUCGCUGUCUGACGGUCGAUCCAGCGGCGCGCAUGACCUCGCACGAAGCUUUGUCACACCCCUGGAUUGCUGAUCUUGGCACGAAACAAGCCGAAGGCGAGGAGGAUCUGCUGCCGACUGUAAAGAAGAACUUCAACGCCAGGCGCACGCUCCAUGCCGCCAUCGACACCAUCCGUGCCAUCAACCAGCUAAGAGCCGGCGGCGCCGCUGGUAUGAUGGAAGGCAUCAAAGCCCACGAACCACGACGAGGUGCACCUCCCGCCCCGAAGUUCCCACAGCCCGCAGAAGAGGGGUCUGAUCCCAUGGAAAUCGACCACGUCGACAGCAGAGGCAAUGGCCACGGUCAGACCGAAGCUAUGAUCAAGGAACAAGAGCGCAGGAUCCGAGAAACGCAACAAGGUCUAUGGAGCAAGCGCUGA